AUGACCUUCGAUUGCAUGGAAAGGUAUGGUGUACAACCAGAUAUCCUUGCAGUAAAUUCCUUAUUGAGUGCCAUAUGCAGAGAAAAUAAUCAAACUGCAAAAGCAUCAGAUUUUUUUGAAAGGAUUAAAACCAAGAUUUCUCCAGAUGCAUAUUCAUUUGCUAUUUUGCUGGAGGGUUGGGAAAAGGAAGGGAAUGUGGUGAAUGCAAAGAGUACUUUUGGAGAAAUGGUUGUUCGGGUGGGUUGGAGCCCUGGUUAUGUGUCAGCAUAUGAUGCCUUUCUCAUGACUCUUGUUGGUGGUAACCAAUUUGAUGAAGCUAUGAAGUUCUUGAAGAAUGACUCGGCUGAUGCAAUAUUGUUGUGGGACACACUGGUGGAUGGUGGGUUGGUGCCAAAUCUGAGCAUGUAUAAGGUAAUGGUUGAAUUGCUUUGCAACAACAAUGACGUUGAUAAUGCCUUUCGUCUUCUUGACGUUAUGAUUUUUCAUGGCGCCUUUCCUGAUUCGCUGACAUAUAAUACGAUUUUUGAGGCUAUUGGAAUGCUGUUUGAACGGGAUGAUCCAGAAACUGCUAUUGAGAUUUGGGAGUAUAUGGUAGAGAAUCACAUAUUACCUCUCGAGGAUAGUGCAAAUGCGUUGCUUAUUGGCCUCUGUGAUCUGGAUAGGGCAACAGAGUUGAGGAGGUAUGCAGACGAAAUUCUGGACCGAAGAAUAAGAAUAUAUGCAUCAACCAAGGGAAAGCUUAAGAGUGCAUUUUGUAAAGGCAACAAAAAUGCACGGGAGGUAUAUGAUUACCUGUCGAGGAAGUGGAAAUCUUCUUAG